ACUGUGGACGCCGUGCGAGUGCUUUUCUCAAUUGCAAUUUUCGGGGUUGUUUCUUCUCGUUGAAUCACGAGGAUGGCGGUGCCGGCUCCUCAGAAACGUUACUAUCGGCAGCGUGCUCACUCCAAUCCAAUGGCGGAUCACGCCUUCGAAUACCCUGUUAGGCCUGAGGAGAUGGAUUGGUCUCAGUACUACCCUGAAUACUUCAAACCACACUCUGACAAGGAUCAUCACGAUGAUGACAAAGAUGUAACCGAUAAUAAUUUGAAAUUUCAAGUGGAAUUUGCAGACAUAGGGUGUGGCUAUGGAGGCCUACUGGUGGAGUUAUCUCCUCUCUUUCCCAAUUCACUAAUUCUGGGGCUAGAAAUCAGAGUGAAGGUAUCUGACUAUGUCAUAGAUCGGAUCAAAUCCCUAAGAGCUUCAAACCCUGGAAAAUACCAGAACAUCGCUUGCAUCAGAAGCAACGCAAUGAAGUACUUGCCAAACUUCUUCAACAAGGGACAGCUGAGCAAGAUGUUCUUUCUUUUUCCGGAUCCACAUUUUAAGAAGACAAAACACAAAUGGCGGAUUAUUAGCUCAACGUUGCUGGCUGAGUACGCCUAUGUUCUGCGUGUGGGGGGUUUAGUUUAUACCAUUACUGAUGUGCAGGAAGUACAUGAGUGGAUGGUCAAACACUUCACAGAGCACCCCUUGUUUGAAAGAGCACAACUAGAGGAUCUGAAGGAUGAUAUCAUUGUCGAUCGUCUGGGUGUAUGUACAGAAGAAGGCAAAAAAGUAUUAAGGAGUGGUGGACAGAAUUUUACUGCAGUGUUCCGACGAAUUGAGGGGAAAAACCCGAAGCUAAAAACUGAAGGGGAAAAGUCUUGAGAAGAGCACCCUUUGCCUUGAUUUACAAGGAAAGUGACUGUAGAAAAACACACUGCUUGGUUGGAACACACUUGGUGUCCUCUAUUUUAGCCGCAUAAAUCAGAGAUGCUACAUUAAAGAGUUCCAUUUCACUUUUUUUAUUAUAAAACCAGAUAAAAGAAAACUAGCAUGGAAAAAGUUGAUAACUAUACUCACAUGUGGGUAGGUAUUUCAGUGUGCCGACAGGGGAAGCAUUGAAAAUCUGUUUCCUUAUAUAUCAUUUUUGAGAUGUUCUGUUUUUCCCAAAGAUUCCCAAAAAAAUAAGGAAUACUUAAUUACCUGAUGUGAUGCAAACUAUUCAGUGUGAUUUCCUGCAAGUUAUCACCAUAUCUGCUGUUUAUUCUAGCAUGUUUGUAUUGUUGCUGUGAGAUAGGUGUGAUAACUUGUUGAUUCUGAGACAUUUGCUUAUACCUGCACAUUCUAUCACUGCUACUUGAAUUGCAACAGCAAUCGCACUUCAGAAAUAAUUUAGAAGCUUUGGAGCAUCCUGUGAUCAUUUAAAAAAAGAAAAUGACGGCUUUUUCUCUUGACACCUUAGGGAAUUUAUCAGAUGUGCUCAAUGCUAUGUUACUGUCCUAAAUUACUUUGAACUUUUGGUAUAACUGUCCUUGGUGCAAUCCACCUCCGGUUUAUAUGAUUUGCCAAGUCAGAAGGGUAUGGAUUCAAAUCCUAUUUCAGAAAUGUGAAAUUUGGCUGGCUGUGUGGUGUGGAACUGAGGGAGUGAUGCAUUGUUGGAGGUUUCAAAGGUGAGAACUUUUUUUGUUCAAAUAAAAAUCAUUUGGCACCAAAGGAGCAAUAUGCCACUGGACUGGCCAAAUUUCCUCCCUCUACAUUUGCCACCAAUAAUAGACCAACUGUUUAUCCAUUUAUUUUUCUAUUCCUGGGACUUUGAGGUGCCUAGAUUGACCAUUUGCAGCGUAGAAAAUAUUUCAGAGUUAAGUGAGCUACCUUUAAAACCAAAAUUGUUGUCAUUAUUUAUAUGGCAGGUAUAACCUUAGAUCUUAAUCAAAGUCAAAAUUUUCUUUAUCCUUUUAUUCAUAUUCCUAUCUGUCCUGCUGGAUAACAUUUUUAAAAGAUGGGAUAUAAUUGUACAGUGGAGGAACGUGACCUUCAGCCAGCAUGCCCAUGCCAACCAUCAAGUACCUAUCCACACCAAUCCCAUUUACUAGUACUUCGUCCAUAGCUUUCUGUGUGUUGGUAAUUCGUGCUCAUCUAGAUAAAAUGUAAAGUUUCUGCCUCUAUCAACUUUUCAAGCAGUGUGUUUCAGAUUCCAUCCACCCAGUGAGUGAAAUAAUCCUUCCUCAGAUCCCCUUUGAACCUCCCAAUCUUAUCUUUAACCUUCUGGUUUUGGACACCUCUGAAAUGGGGAAAAGUUUCCUUCCAUCUACCCAAUCCUCACUCCUCAUAACUUUGAGCACCUCUAUCAGGUCUUUCUUUAGUUUCUUUCACUCCAAGGACAAAACGCAGCCUAUCUGGUGUGUCCUCAUAACUGAAACACUCCAUUUUACACAACAUCCUGUUGAAUCACCUCUAUACGCUCUCCAGUGUAACCAUGUCCUUCCAAAGUAUGGUUAGCAGAACUGCACACAAUAUGCAGCAGUGGCCUAACCAAUGUCUUAUAAAAUUGUACCAUAACCUUAUAUUCUGCAGCUUGGCCAAUAAAGACCCAUAUCCACCUUAACCUCCAUACCAAUCUGAGCUGUCCCAUUAUUUUGGGCACCUUUGGCCUUGUACACCAAGGUCCCUCGGAUGUUUGUAAUGAUUUGCAGUUCAGUGUUCUAAACACCUCCACUUGCAUUCUCUUAAAGAAUCAGGUUUUGAGAAAGCUGGUUCCACUGCCAAAUUGUUUCAGUGCCUGUGCUGAUAUUAGAGCUUUCCCACAGUAGGCUUCGGGUUCAUUGCAACAUCUUUGCUAAUCUAAUCAUUUAAGACCUAUGAACCUACAUUGUGUGUGGUAGACUUUGAUAAUGGACCAGAUUCAACUAGCUCAUGCAUACUUUGACAGCAGUCGUAGAUCAAGUUUAUUGUUCUGUCCUAGAUACCAAAUUUUUGGCCAUUUAAGUCAAAAUUGCCGUUUUCAGACAGGUGGGUCAGAAAUUAUAGCACAAGACUUAGAAAAAGAUAAUAAUUAACUGAAAGGUCAUCAUGUGAGUUAAGGCUGUAAAGAACCAGAAAUGUUUAAAGCCUUUCAAACUUUUGACUUAGAAUAUGUUAAUUGGGUAAGGGUUCUUUUUGGUUGUAAAGAGUGUUUUGUAGACUUGUUCUUGCAUCUUUACAAAUGAAAACAGUUUAAGAAGGGAUAUCUGUAUUUUGUUCUGCGUAUGCAGACACUCUUCUCCCAUUUUGUUUACUUUUGCCUGCAUUUUCAAGCUAUGAAGCUCCUGUCAUUUUGGGUGGAAUAAGGAAAUUUAUGAAAUUGCAUUCAGAAUUUCAAAACUGCAGGUUUCUGUUCAUAGCUUGUGUGUGUUCAGUAAAGUAUUUCAAUUUGUGAAAUGCAAGUUUCUCUCCCUUUAUUACAAUUAGCCUGGCCUUGUAUGAAAAGAUCAUAACUACACAAAUUUUGGACAAUAAUUGCACUAUGAAUGACCAAAAGCUCUUUUUACUGAACCAUUGGAUGGACCUUAAAGAAUAUUGCUGCAAUUUCACUCUUUCAAUAACAGUACAUCAUGUGAGCAAUACCACGAGAUAGUGAACACAUCUCAAGAAAUUGGAAUAUAUGCAGUUACUGUUUGCUAUGCAUCAGGCUUAAAUUAAAAUUUAAGUCGGUAAAAGAUAUUUUAGUCAGUAAAAGUGUUUGAAUUUCCAGCAAUACUUUCUUCAUAGGUACUGUCAGACUCGAGGAUGACUUGCUUCUACUUCUGUUCUGAGGUGAUUGAUGAGACUAAUGUGGGGUCCACAGACAUUGCUGCAGGAGAGGUGGUCAAUUGGGUCGUUUGUAGGGGUGGUGCAUUCCUCCUGCCAUUUACACACUGCUUUCAUGUGUGUCGGUGUCACCUGCAAUGCUGCUCCUCCAGUUUGAGUGGCCAUUUGUUUCCAAAAGUCUGGUGAUGUUGUACUUUGAAGAAGGUUUGAGAUUAUCUUCAUUUUUUCUUCUAUUCAUCUGCUAAUCUUAUGUUAUGAUGGAGCUUUGAAUAGGAUAUAAACUUUGGGAGUCUGACGAAUAAACUCUACUCGGGCUUCCAGCCGGGUACAGGUACUGUAUCAAUUAUAACCAGCAUUUUGAUGACAAACUCUGCCAUCUUUGGGGAUGAAGAAGUUGACAGAGUUUGUCUUUGAAACGUCAGUUAUAAUCAAUACCUAUAUUCGGCUGGAAGCCCCAGGGGAGAUGAUUCAUCAUAUAUGCCAGGAAUGCACUAAAUUCUUUUUUGGGAGUCUGAUGUUGGCCAUGCAAGUGCUGUCAUCUUCCUAAAGCAGCUGGCUGACUGUAAUUAGGGCCUCAGUGCUGGGCUGUUAGCCUGGGAGAAGAUGCUAAUGAUGGCUUGCUUCUCCUGCCAGUGGGUUUGGAGGAUUUCACAGUGAUAUUGUUGGUGGUCUCUCCCCAGUGUCUCAAACAGACUCCAGGUCUCAGUAGCAUAUAGGAGUGCAGGGAUCACUGCUGUCAGUAUGCCAUGAGUCAUUCACUGGGUUUGAGGUCUUAAACCGCAACACCCUUUUUCCUCAGAUGACACAAAAUGGCCUGC